CUAGCAUUUAAAUUGUAUUGAGUGAAGCGAUUCUUAUAUGGUGCUGUCCAUAAUAUCCAACACAUAACAUACUUCCAAGCUGGACGUAAACUUAUCGAAGGCUCAAGAUGUCAUCGGAUGAAAUGUUCUCGUUUCCAGUUACUAUACUUGAUGGUCCCGAUGGUGAGGAAAAUUUCGAGAUGGCGCGUGCUCGUAUUUGGCAGCUAAGUUGCAAGUGUGGUUGGAAUUUCGACCGACUUGUUGCUGAUUUAACUCCAUCUAGUCAGUGCGAGCUAACUUUUGAGAUGAUUCAUAUGGUGUCGUACGUUAAAAAAGUUGCUCCGCCUGGAACGCUAAGUGUUUUUCCGUCACCAUUUCAAAGUGCCGAGUCAUGGAUCAGGGACAGAUGGAUUUUUCGAGAGAACAACUCAGCUAAAUCUAUGGAACAUACUUUACCACUUAAAAAGGGAUUAAGAACCGCUGAUCCUGUAUCUCCCUCAAACCGUGCCUUUAAUAAUGAAGAACUGAAGAAUAAGAAAGUAAUGAAAGUUGACCAGGAUUCGACUAUGACAGUGUCGAUACCUACCGUACACAGAGCCAAUCGUUCACUCCCUGGAUUUCAAACUAUUUUACAAUGUGGGAAGACACUUGACGAUGAUACUUUAUUGGGGAAGACUGACACAGAAACGUCUUAUGAAUAUCCUAGCUUAUCGCUAAUUCAUACGUCGAAUUCACAGCAAGAAACCUUGCAUUAUCCGUCUGACUCACCUCCGUAUAUGCUUGUCCAGAGAUCAAGAGAAUCACUGGAGAAGAAUUAUAAAUCGUCUUCAAAACAGAUUUGUACUAGAGGUCCUCUUAAAAGUGAUAGUGGCUCCAAACGAAAUAAUAGUGGACAUUUUCUUAUGGAUAGUGAAAAAAGCCGAAACCUGGUAACAACGUUUAUUAUGUCAGAAACUUUAUGGUGUAUAAACUUUAUAUGCUUUAUGUUCUAACAAUUUGAUAUAUGGUUGUAAAAGAGGUGAUUUAAUCUACAAAUAAUCACAUUGGUUUAUGUUGGCGUAUUUGGAUUAAUUUUAUUGGACAAGCUCCUCGACUCUCCAUGAGGUAUAAAUUUUGUAGUGGCUCCGUACACGCAUAAACUCAGAAAACACCGAUAUCGGUCAGUCGAAAUCAAAUAUGCUGAAUAUAUUUUAUGAUCCGUUGGGAUUAGAAACAACUAAUUGUGAUGACAGUGGUUAUCCGGUAGUUGACAGUAUUAAAAAAAUGUCUAAUCCUUCACAUAGUUUUCAUCCAUCUGAUGGCAAACAUAAUCUGCUUGAAUCCAAAGACAAUGAUCUAAAUGUUAUUAGCACAAAAAUGAAUGUUUGUAUGGAUGAUACGUUUUUAUUGGAAUUUUUAGACAGAAAUUUGACUGGAACUGAUUCAAAAACUAAUGUCGAUUUCGCCGAACGAUGUGGUUUAAAUUCUCCAACAGCUUUUGUCGAAGAUAUGAUUAAAAAAGCACAGAAGACUUUAAAUCAUCAGUAUAAAUGCUAACAGUUUUUUAAUUAACUUUCCAUUCCGUUUUUUCUGCAUUAAUCUCAACUGCAUUGAUAUACCAUAGAACAGUCCGACGUUUUACUGCGGGUGUUUCGAAUUUUGAUUUGUCUUAGUUGUAAUCUAGCAUAUCUAUAUCUAUCCUUAAUUCGAGUUACGACAUCCAUUUUGAUAACUGUAUAUUUUAAUGAGAGGUUGAAUGUUGUUAGAACCAUGUGAUACAUAAAUAGGAUUUAUCUAAAUUAUAAAUUAAAAUGUUAAGAAAUUUAUGUUCUGGUGUACUAAUGUCGUGUUUAAUUGCUCUUAUGGCAACCUAAUUUGGUUCAAACUCCAGUCUGAUAACUCAUAAAGAUACUCGUGAUAUAUGACCACAAUGUCUUAGCUUUAAAAUUUAUGCGGUAAAGAUACUCAUCAGGAAUUCGUAAAAAAGUACUUGGAUGCUACUGUAUUCGUUGUCGUCAAUUCACUAACCGAAUCGCGCUUACUUAUUUCUUCUAUUCUCUAUUCUGAAGUCUGAAAUAUCUUGUCUUGUCUGCAAAUUGAAUGUCAUUUAUGUAUUCUUAGGUACGUUUUUAUGUACGCUUCGCAGUGUAGUUGCGUGAAUUAAUUCAUGUGCAUAUAAACCAGAGAUUUACUGAAAUGUAAAAUCGAACUCAUUUUGAUCAUUUUUGAGUGAACCCGAUUUACAUUUAAUAAUGUUUCUCACUUUCCGUUUUCUACAUUUUUGUUUAUGUUUUACAAAAUCUAUUUUUAACGCUUGUGUGAAUCUUUCGAUAACUUUAAGAAUAUGUAUUUUUAAGUAGUGUAGAUUGUAAGUUAGUGAAUUCUACUAAAUGGAAAGCUGAAAAUUUGAAUUAAGAACAUGCGAUGAUUAGGCUAACUAAAGUUUAUUUGAUUUAAAUAUAUUGACUCUUGUGCUGG